AAAGAUCGAAAAUGCACGCAGAGGUAAACUUUGGCAUUGACCGUGAGUAGGAACAUGUGACGUUUCCGUCAUUGGUAUUGUAAUCAGUUUAAAAUAUUUACCAUUCGUGAUGGAGAGUGCACUCGAAAGUUUUUAUUACGAGUCAACAACUGAGCCCAUGGCCGAUGCUGCUGCGAAAGAUUGGCGAAAAUGGCUUGCACUAGGCGAAUCACUUGAUUUUGGUCAACGGUGCAGUUUAAUGUGGAUCUGGCCCACAGAAGAUGAGUUACAAAAAUUGGGUUCGGUACUAAAGGUGAACAAAAUUGUCCAUAUACUUAGUGUAGGCUGCGGCAGUGGAUUACUUGAAUGGAUAAUCAAAGAAUGUUUAGGUAUUUCUGUCAGUGGUAUUGAAAUUGAUCGCGCCUGGUGGGAAAGCAAAUAUGCAAUUAAAAGUUUUAUCAACCUAAAUUAUAUUGAAGAUUUGAGCAACAAAGAGAACAUACAAGGAGAUUAUCUUCAAAAGUGUUGCAAUUUGCAAAGUUGGAACUUUGCGCUAAUGUUUUGUUACUUUAAUAAUCAUUCUGCGUUCCUCAACUACCUUAACAUGUACAAAGGAAAUAGUUUGUUAAUUAUCGGACCCAAGGUUGGAAUGGGAGUGUUUACCGAUCCUUUGCCACUAGAACCGCAACUUCCUGAAGGUCUUAACUGGACACUAAAAUCUACGCUAAACAUUGGCAGAAGAGACGUUAUAGCUUUUUAUACGAAGGAGAUUUAAUGAAGUCAAAUAUGUCGGGUUAAAUUAAAUAUAUAUUGUAUUAGUUUCUAUUUAUAUCUAUAUGGAAUUUACAAGCAGGAAUAGUUUGCACUUCAGCAGUCACGGUACUAUUUAUACCUAAAUUCGUCAGCGCCCCUCGAACCAGACCACAAGUGAAAAAUA